AUGGCCUGCAUUUCAGAGCGCACUUUCAUUGCUAUCAAACCUGAUGGAGUCCAGCGGGGACUGGUGGGAGAAAUUAUCAAGAGAUUUGAACAGAAAGGAUUCAAACUGGUGGCCCUGAAAUUACUGCAUGCAUCAGAAGACCUUCUGAAAGAACACUACAUUGACCUGAAAGAUCGGCCAUUCUAUGCUGGUUUGGUUGAAUAUAUGCACUCUGGACCUGUUGUAGCUAUGGUGUGGGAAGGUCUUAAUGUCAUUAAGACUGGCAGAGUGAUGCUGGGGGAAACAAAUCCAGCAGAUUCUAAGCCCGGCACUAUCCGUGGUGACUUCUGUGUUCAAAUUGGCAGGAAUAUCAUCCAUGGCAGUGAUUCGGUAGAAAGCGCGGAGACAGAGAUCAACCUGUGGUUCGCUCCUGAGGAACUGGUUGAUUACACAAGCUGUGCUCAUCAAUGGAUUCAUGAUUAAAAGUUAGCCUGUGACUUUUAACGUCCCUUCACUCCAAUAAUUAUAGAUCCAGAAGCCAUUUGUACUACCUUCAGUCAUUUCAAAGUAUUCCCAUAUAAACUGUUGGAAA